AUGUCUCUUCAAGUGACUGGACAAGUCCUUCGUUGUGAUGCUAUAGUUGAUAUAAUUCAUGGCAUCCAAAUUGUGUCCACAACAAGAGAACUCUAUCUUGAAGAUUCACCACUGGAGCUAAAAAUUCAGGCUUUGGAUUCUGAAGGAAACACUUUCAGCACACUGGCAGGGUUAGUCUUUGACUGGACAAUAGUAAAGGACACAGAGGCUUAUGGCUUCUCAGAUUCCCACAACGCAUUACGUAUACUCAAGUUCUUAGAAUCCACUUACAUUCCACCUUCCUAUAUAUCAGAGAUGGAAAAGGUUGCCAAGCAAGGAGAUACUAUUUUGGUGUCUGGAAUGAAAACGGGGAGUUCUAAAUUAAAAGCAAGAAUACAGGAAAGCGUCUAUAAGCAUGUACAUCCUGCAGAAGUCAGAUUGCUUAUUUUGGAAAACAUCCUUUUAAAUCCAGCAUGUGACAUUUACCUUCUGGUAGGAACAUCAAUUCAGUACAGAGUUCAGAAAAUAAGGCAAGGGAAGAUUACAGAACUAACGAUGCCGUCUGAUCAGUACGAACUGCAGCUCCAGAACAACGUGCUCGGUCCUGCAGGAGAUGCGUCUUGGGCAGUUGCCAAGCUGGACCAGGCAACAUCAGUUGUAACUGCGCUGCAGCAGGGACAGGCUAACCUCAUACUGGGCCACAAGAGUAUUCGCAUGCAAGGGGUUUCCAGGCUACCAAACAGCACUAUCUAUGUUGUAAAUCCUGGGUAUUUAGGAUUUACAGUUCAUCCAGGUGACACAUGGGUCCUAGAAACAGGCAGACUUUAUGAAAUUACAAUUGAAGUCUAUGAUAAAUCGAGCAAUAAGGUGUAUUUAUCUGAUAAUAUCAGAAUUAAUACAGAGCUGUCCAAAGAAUAUUUUGAGGUACUGAAGUCAUCUCUGAAUGGAUCCUAUCAUUAUGUGAAAGCAAUAAAGAAGGGUCAGACCGUUAUUGAUGCUGCGCUAACAUCAGUAGUAGAUCAGGAUGGAGGUGUUCAUACAUUACCAGUUCCAGUGCGAAACCAACAAGAUGUUGAAAUAUAUAUUCCCAUAGUUCUUUCACCCAGCAUUUUGACGUUUCCUUGGCAGCCAAAAGCGGGAGUGUACCAGUACACCAUACAG